UAAGUGCAAUGGAACAGUGGAGUGCUGGGAUGGGACUGAUGAGUACUCAGAACUUUGUCCAAUGGAUCGAGAUACAACAAAAGCGAACAGAACUGUAGCAACAACGCCGAUAUUAACAAAUGAAAUAUUUAUAACCACAACAAUUAAAACUACAAAACCUUCAGCAGAGAACGCAAAUACGACUACGACUACUAAUGCGCCUAUACUUGAAAAUCCGAUCGAAGCCAAGGAGGGCAAUCACGAUACUAUCGACACUCCAAUCAAUGGAGGCAAUGUAGAUUUUGAAACAAACAAGGAGACUACUUCUAGCACAAACAUAAAUUCAAAUAAAACUCAAAAUGGUUUUAAUCAUCCCAAGGACGGAGCGAGUAUAAACCAAGCGAACACUGCACGAACUCUAAGUUCGACAAGUGUUGAAAGACAAGCGCAUGAUUUUGAUAAGACACCAAGUAGCAAAGAAACAGCUCAGCACGCAAGCCUUCCUAAGCGAAUGCCUGCGGCAUCAGCUGAAAGAGAGGAUGAUAGAGAAAAGAAGAAAUCCAAGUCUAGUCCUUUGGACGCAAAUUCCUUAGCACCAUCACGAAAUCAAACGCAGAUCGGUGGUGAAGUGCAAACCACGUCGUCGUCGAACGAAAAUAGCAAAACAUUUGAAACAAAAAAUAGCAACAAACCAGACAGUAGUUCUCAAACUACAACGACUCAUGCACCAAAGCACAACGCGAUACCACUAACAACAACCCCAUAUACUGGAAUGAAGACUCUGUCUAGUCCACCAGAGAGGCAGAAAAUUAACUGUACUCUUCGAGAUUGCAGUCAUCCACUUAUUUGCAAAAUUUGGCUACCAAACUCAAAUCAUUCUUCACUUCUAAGCAACGGUAGUGGGCGGCUGCCUAUUGAAGUGAAUACACGUAUCUCGUUUGGUUGUGACAAAGGCUUCGAGUUAGUAGGUAUGGAAUAUAUAACUUGCACAGUUGGCGGAUGGAGCCAUGCCAAACCAAUUUGUACACCCGUAUGUGAAGUGGACUUUCUAUCCAAGUGCAAGUCACGCCUCAAAUGUCGCUACAAGAAACCGAAUAUGAACUCGGCAGUUUUAAUUACUGAAAGUUUUAAUGAGCAGAAGAUCAAAUUACAUUCUCAACUUGAUUUUUAUUGCGGUGCAGGCUACUUGGAAGGUGCUGUGAGCAGAAUUUGUACGGAUGUUGGCUGGUCAAAGCCAUUGCCUAAUUGCAUAAAUUACUGCUACGUCUCAAAGUUGGGCGGCUGCCAGCGACCACUCAACUGUGCGAUAUACAACUCAUACAUGGGCGUCAAUGUGCCACCCGAAGAAAAUUACUGGAAUAAUCUUUUUAGAGAAAACUCUCAUAUCGCAUUCAGUUGUGAUUAUGGCUACAAGCUUGUGGGGGAGAAUCGUUCGACAUGCAAUUUCAAUGGCUGGGACAAUGUUGCGCCUAAAUGCCUUCGAGUUUGUGAUAAAAGCUUAUUAAACGCAUGCAUGGAUCCGCUUAAUUGCAAAAUUUUCGAUGAAAAAAACAAGCUCUGGCUACCCUUAUUUGGCAGUGCUGCAGCAGUUGAUCAAAUUACCGCCGACACAUAUUUUGCUUUUAAUUGCACUGAGGGCUACCAGCUGGAAGGCGUCAAGCAAAUAAGUUGCACCUCCAAUGGAUGGAGUCAUGAAAUGCCCAAGUGCGUGAAAAUACCAAAAUUCUGCAAUGGCAGUAUUUUACGCGAAUGCGGUAAUGGAGUGAUAUGCAAAACAUUUGAUACAGUAAUGCACGAUUUUGUAGAAAUUAAAGGCGGCAGCAAGGAGAUGCGAAUGCCCCUCAACUCUCGAGUUCAACUAAGUUGCCCACAUGGCUACAAGCUGGAAGGCAUGCAAAGUCUGACUUGUCUCGAAAAUGGUUGGAACAAUGCAAUGCCAAAAUGCGUGCUACCCUGUCGGGGAAAGCAUUUACCCAAAUGUGAUUAUCCGCUGCAAUGUUUCGUUAAUUAUCCGAAUGAACUCUCAAAGUUUUAUCCUUUGCCUACUGAUUAUGCAACUUACUCUUAUCAGCGAGAUACUCAAGUCGGUUAUUUCUGCUCGGAGGGUUAUACGUUGAAGGGAGCACAACAGACGGAUUGUACCGCUUCAGGUUGGAGGCAUGAAACAACUUUAGAUUUGCCUAAAUGCAUUUUGGGGUGUGAUCCCGAUAUUUUACUCGAGUGCGAAAAUCCAUUGAUAUGCCAUUAUUUGCGACCCAAUCAAAAUGGGUGGCUUAAAAUCACGAAAAGCUAUAAGGAAAGCAUGGUGAAAGUAGAUUCGUAUAUAGAUUUUGAAUGUACGAAGGGUUUUAGGCUGCAAGGCGCAUCACGUAUAAGUUGUACUUCAGGUGGUUGGAGUGAUGAUUUGCCCAAGUGUGAAUAUGCAACAUAUAACAAUCAAGGAUACUAUUAUUGGUUUUAAUCUUAAAAUAAAUGUUUCAUUACCAGCGCACUAUGGUCAAAAAUUCCAAUUUAGAGGAAUAAAGUUGAAUUUUCAUCCUUUUAGUUUUAAAAAGAGUGUUAGAGUUGCUAAAAAAUGUAUAAAAAAAAAACUUGUGAGAUGGCAACUCUUUUUCUGAUAGUAUGUUCUCAAAUUCAGAGUAUUUCACUGUUCGAAAAUAAACGAAAUGAAUCCAUACUGUGUCGAUUCAGUUCACUUAUUA